UGGAGAAGUUAUACUCCGUAGUCGGAGAAAUUAAAAUCAGUUCCCAUUCUGUCAGCCCUCUAAAAUGCGAGCAUUCAGUAUGGAUUGUUGGUAGAAUGAUGUAUGAGUUCGCACGAAACCAGUUUAUCAACUUCCACGGCCUUCAGGGUUCUCGGCUUAAUUUUGAGCAGUCAAUCCAUGAUCAAAAGUUUACCCGGUCAACUUUGAUGUCCAUUUUAUCUCCUAUGUUCUUUUACACCCCAGAUGUCCACAGAACAGCGCUUCAUAAGAUCUUUGUAGACAACAUCGCAAGUUCUUUCACAUGGAACAAGUUCGUAGAUAAAGUUAAUAGUGAGCUGCAAGAGCAGAAUUUGUUGGCAACUGUGUUGCUCAAUGCCAACGUGGGCUUCUUAGCUAUCCAAACCGUCGACAAUGGCAGCAACAUCGGUACCAACAAUGAUGUCACCAGGUCACCCACACAGGUUGCUAGUUAUUUGUCGCUUGUUGCCAGUGCUGGGAGUAUCAUCCUUGGCUUGGUACUCCUUCGUCACAAUCGUACAAAAGCGCGCGAGACUGCCGAGGAAGCCGCAAAAUUUCUGCACAACAUGGGUCACAAAAAGUAUGGCCAGGAGGCGCUUGCCCUGAUCUACAGUCUUCCCUAUGCCUUGCUUAUGUGGGGGAUGCUUCUUUUCCUUGCUGCAUUUCUGAUAGAGUGCUACUACCCUAGAGCUCUUGCCCCCAGCCUAAUUGUAGGAGUAGCUUCACUGGCGGUAUUUGCACUCACGUCUGGGUGCAUUUACGUUUUGAAUACUGAACAAAAUGGACGACAAAAGUGGUGGUUGAAGAAAAUACUUGCUACCAGGCAAGAACCAGAAGCAGUGGUCGAGCUGCAACCUGCAAAUUCUGCUCAAGGGCCGCCUGCCAUAGUUCUACGACAAGCUACCCUGCGGCCAGACAUUGAUAAUUCAGCGAAUGGACCCUCGCAAGUUUAGGCUGGUUUGAGGAUGGGCUGGGUGUUGUAAGACGAAUCUAUGGUUGUUGAAUAAUGAUAUUUCACUGUAUCGUUAGCUACCUGACUGUAUCAUAGGCCAAUAAUGGGUUAUGGAUAAUACUUAUCUGCGACCUGGUGUUUUCUGGAUACGACAUACAGUAAAGUAUAGUUCCAUCGUCGUCC